GCGGCGGAGUUUGGGCGGCGGGCGGGAGCUGCCGCUCCGGCUCCGGCUCCGGCAGCGGCUCCGGCAGCGGCUCCUUGCAGAUUUGUAACCAACAUAAUGCUGGAACAUCAAACUCGGAGGCAACGUUUUUCAAAAUGGCGCAGUCGGAUGCUAGUUUGGACCACGUCAUACCAUUGUCCAUUCUUCCUACUUCCUGGGUUAAAUGUAUUGUGGGAUUCAUUUCCCUUGUGUGUUUUGCUAGUAGUUAUGAUGGAGAUUUUGUUUUUGAUGACUCUGAAGCCAUCAUCAAUAAUAAGGACCUCCAAGCCGAAACUCCACUUGGUGACUUGUGGCAGCAUGACUUUUGGGGCAGUAAACUCAGCAGCAGCACCAGUCAUAAAUCAUACCGACCACUCACCGUCCUAACUUUCCGGAUUAAUUACUAUUUAUCUGGAGGUUUCUACCCAAUGAGUUUUCGUGUGGUCAACAUUCUACUGCAUUGUGCCAUUUCUGUCUUAAUGGUUGAUGUCUUCUCAAUUUUGCUUGGUGGACUACAAUAUACCAAUAAAGGAAGGCGGUUAAACCUCGCUCCCAAAUCAUCCCUGUUAGCUGCGUUGCUCUUUGCUGUCCAUCCAGUGCAUACUGAGUGUGUUGCCGGUAUUGUUGGCAGAGCAGACCUUCUGUGUGCCCUGUUCUUUUUGUUAUCGUUCCUUGGCUACUGUAAAGCGUUUAAAGAAAGUAACAAGGAAGGAACUCAUUUUUCAACAUUCUGGGUGUUGCUGAGUGUUCUCUUGGGGGCAGUAGCCAUGCUGUGCAAAGAGCAAGGGAUUACAGUUCUGGGUGUGAAUGCUGUAUUUGAUGCCCUAGUAAUAGGCCGAUUAAAUAUUCUGGAAGUUGUCCAAAAGGUAUUACAUAAAGACAAAUCACUGGCGGGCUUUGGGUGGCUUAAGAAAGGUGGCCUUCUCUGGAGAAUGGCUCUUCUAUCAUCUGGAGGAGCUGCAACGCUGUAUCUGCGCUGGAGAAUCAUGGGCACAGGACCACCAGCUUUUACCGAUGUUGAUAACCCAGCGUCGUUUGCCGACAACCUGCUUGUCAGAGUUAUAAACUAUAAUUACUACUAUUCAUUGAAUGCAUGGUUGCUGCUGUGUCCCUGGUGGCUGUGUUUUGAUUGGUCAAUGGGCUGCAUACCCCUUAUUAAAUCAGUCAGUGACUGGAGAAUAAUUGCACUAGCAGCACUUUGGUUCUGCCUAAUUGGCUUGAUAUGCCAAGCUCUAUGCUCUGAAGACAGCCAUAAGAGAAGAAUUCUUACGCUGGGAUUGGGAUUUCUCAUUAUUCCAUUUCUUCCUGCAAGCAACCUGUUCUUCCGAGUGGGAUUUGCCGUGGCAGAAAGAGUCAUCUACCUCCCUAGCGUUGGAUACUGUGUAAUUCUCACCUAUGGCUUUGGAAUACUAAGCAAACACGUUAAGAAAAAGAAACUUAUUGCUGCUGGUAUAAUAGGAAUUUUGCUUAUAAACAUGGUACGCUGUGUUAUCCGCAGUAACCAGUGGCGGAGUGAGGAAAAGCUUUUCAGGAGUGCCCUGUCUGUGUGUCCUCUAAAUGCUAAAGUGCAUUACAAUGUUGGGAAAAAUUUGGCGGAUAAAGGCAACCAAACUGCAGCAAUCAAGUAUUACAGAGAAGCCGUAAGACUGAACCCAAAAUACGUUCAUGCCAUGAAUAACCUUGGAAAUAUCUUGAAAGAAAGGAAUGAACUCCGAGAGGCAGAAGAGUUGCUCUCUCUUGCUGUUCAAAUUCAGCCAGACUUUGCUGCUGCAUGGAUGAAUCUAGGCAUAGUGCAGAAUAGCUUGAAAAGGUUUGAAGCCGCUGAACAAAGCUACUGGACAGCCAUUAAACACAGAAGAAAAUAUCCAGACUGUUACUACAAUUUAGGCCGUUUGUAUGCAGACUUGGAUCGUCACAUAGACGCAUUGAAUGCGUGGAGAAAUGCUACAGUUCUGAAACCAGAACACAGUUUGGCUUGGAACAAUAUGAUUAUCCUGCUUGAUAAUACAGGUAAUCUAGUCCAAGCUGAAGCAGUUGGGAGAGAGGCACUGGAAUUAAUUCCUAAUGAUCAUUCUCUUAUGUUUUCUUUGGCAAAUGUGUUGGGGAAAUCUCAGAAAUACAAGGAAUCUGAAGCUUUAUUCCUCAAGGCAAUUAAAUCCAAUCCAAAUGUUGCAAGUUACCAUGGUAAUUUGGCUGUGCUUUACCAUCGCUGGGGAAAUCUUGACUUAGCCAAGAAACACUAUGAAAUGUCACUGAAGCUUGAUCCAACUGCACCAGGGACCAGGGAGAACUACAACCUCCUAAUAAGAAAACUAGAACACUUGCAUAAGAAAGGCAUCGGAUCUUUUUAAAAGCCAGUGCAUGAUGCAUAGCAUUAAAAUAUUACAUGGCUUAUUUGAAUCAUGUAAGAACUCUAGGCAUGGUUAUUUAUUUUAGGGGCUUCUUUUUAGAAAGCAGUCACAGCACCAGCAACACACACUUGAAUGCUCAAUGUGAGUUUUGCAUUGGAAAUGUAUUUUUCAUCGGAUUCGAUUAGAGUUUUUAAAACAACUGCAAAGUCAUAUUUUAAUUAGGAUGAAAAGAAAUAUCAUGAACUAUUUUUAAAGUUCAAAGAAGCAAAAUCUGCAAUAGUUGCGUAAGUAAAGUUGACUACCAUCAUUAAACUGUGUCUUUUCUUGUCUUACACUGUCGAGUCGUCUCCGACUCAUAGCGACUCCAUGGACGCAUCUCUCCCAGAACACCUCAUCUCCAUCUGGUAGUGUAUCCGUACCGUUUUCUUGGUAAAAAUAUGCAAGUGGUUUCCUAUUGCCUUCUUCUGUUAAACUUGGUACAUCAUGACAAAGAAAUGAGAAAUGACUAGAUUGACUUUUGGGAGUAAUUUACAUGAAUCACAAGUCUCUGUUAUAUUUCAGCAUUUUAUUUAAUUGCAGGGGGAAAAACUUGUCUUUAAUCUCAAAUUUGUAUUUAGUAUACUAUGCACUGCCUUGUGAUGAAAUAUUAUUUUAUAAAUGCUACUUUUUCUUGGUUUUUUGAAUAGCUUGCAAGCAGAAAAGAUUAGAUUUUCCUCAUCUAUACAUGUCCCAUAUUUUUUUUUUUAGGAAGAAAUCUGCUCAUGCAAUAUCUGCAGUCUUCCUAACUUGUGUGAUUAUAAUAUGUAGGAAGUCAUAGAAAAUCCGUCGUAAACUGUUUGUGUCAGUGUGAAAACUCACUCCACCUUUGAGGAAUGCAGGUUUCCUUUCCGACCAUGAUUUUAAGAUCAGUAACAAUGUUUAAAGUUUACAGUUGUACUGUUUUGUGUAACUUAGCACUCUGUGCACAUUAGGCUUGUUGCUAUUACUGUGUCAGUAGUUCAUUAACAUAACACGGAGACCUUAAUUAUUACCAUUUAUCACUCUACCACAAUGAGUUUCUUGUUGUGUAAAGCUCAUCUCUGAACCAAAGGACAACUGUACUAUAUAAGGCUAGUGAACUGCUGAUCCAGAAACGACAGAGCACCGUGAGAUUCCGUAUUUGUGAUACGCAGUACUCUCGGCCAUGAACUUUAAACAAUUUCUGUAACCUGUUUUUCCCUGUAAUAUGAAAACAUUUUAACGUCACUUGGGAGUGCACCCAGUGUGAUGGUCACUGCAUACCACCUAAGCCCUCUGUCCCAUAAGACAACUGUAAUUAUGUUUAUCCAUGAAUUCUUUCAGGAACCUUAGCUCCAGAAUUGUAAACUGUUAUAUGAUAGCCCUUGAAUGAAGACUGCAAACUCCCUUUUCCCUAUAGUAUUUUUUACCUUUUUAAAAUUGUUUUGCCUAGCAUCAAGAGGGCUGCAAACAGAAGUAUGAAUAGCGGGUUUUUAAACAGUUUUAUAACCUAUGCAUCUGCUUUGAAAGUUGUGUAUCUGAAUGAUUACAGGCACUGAUUUUCCAAAUCUGCACGAAACAUUUUUCACCCAAAAAGAAUCGACAUUUUUUUUUUGGUUUUGUGAUGGUGAGAGAAUUGAAAUGUCUUUUUAUGUGCUUUUGACACAGAAUGUAGCCGUCCUCAUGGGUAUGUACUGUUUUGGUUUUUCUAUUACCUUUUGUAUGCUGUCGGCCUACUGGUUUACUCAGCUCUGUAAAUCCUUACUUAUUAAAGUCCUUUCACAAAC